AUGGCUUUGAUAUUUGACUACGUUCCGUCAUAUGAUAUUCCAGCAGCGCUUGAGAUAGAGAAGCAGGGCUACCCAGAGGACGAGGCAGGUACCGAGUCUAGUUUUCGUCUCCGUCAGUCACAAGCCGGAAAUCUCUUCCUCGGAGCGUAUGAACCAACUUCAGGUUCAGAGCGACGCCUUAUCGGAUAUAUAUGUUCAACGUUGUCUCCUUCCCCUACAUUGAGCCAUGACUCCAUGUCGACUCAUGUCCCGAACUCUUCUUCUGUCUGCAUCCACUCUGUUUGCGUUUCUCCUUCUCAUCAACGUCGCGGGAUUGGCCUCUCGUUAUUGAAGGAAUACAUUACUCGUCUAGAAAAAGCUCGUGCGGGUGGCUACGCCAAUUACCGCCGUGUUUUACUCAUCACCCACGAAAAUCUGCGUGAUUUUUACGAGAAAGCAGGAUUCGAAUGGUUGGGUAAAAGUGAAGUUGUCCAUGGCUCCAGACCUUGGUUUGAGAUGCGUAGAGAACUGCAUUCCGCUCAAGGAGUGAUCGAGACCCCUGUCAAAACCGCGAAGGAGAAUGCGAUACCUCCAGGUAUCCUUGAGGCUUUGCAGCGCCCUAAAGAUGUAUUCCCAUCCUCGAAGCUGGUUUCAGACUUCCCGAACGGCCUCCCGGAACUCAUAGAACCUGACGAAAAGAACCCUGGCACCUCUUUCAACAAAUAUGAUCUGAUCUGCCCCAGAAAUGGUUGUGGAAGUGUCAUUUUAAAGAGGGGUGGUGGGAAAUGGACGGAGCGAGAAAGUGUGCAGCUGGAGCCGGAAGGUUAUUCUCAACCGGAACUUCCUCCGUUGCCCAUUCCACCAGAAACCGCCCAAUGGUGGCUUAUCACACCAAGCAUCCUCCAAUUUGAGAAUAUCGGGAGGACACAUUCUGUUCAUCCGCUAUCUGAAGGAGGUAGAGAACGGUCACGAAUUAUUGGCGCGUCGCGUCCGGAAGCCCCUAUUUUUGCAUUUGCACACAAUCAGACAGACAACAUGAGAGAAACUGCCUGA